AUGAGCUGCGAUGAGGAGUCGUCUGCUGCGAGCGACAACGAAGAUGGCGAUGAAGAAGGCGGUCAAUUGCACCAAGCAGUCUCCCGGGCAUGCACAUUGUGGCAGGCCAACGACCGCGGCGACGGCCGAUGGAUCCUGGUGCGACCCAAGCACACCAGUGCAACGUUACUACCGCAUGUACGGGUCGUCCAGCACUCUCCUUGGGCGAGUGGGAAUCAGUUCUGCCCGGCUAUUCAAUUGAGUACCCUGCGGGCUUUCGAUGUGUGA